UCUCAAACAUAUCUCUCUCUCUCUCUCUCUCUCUCUAAACCAUGCAAGCCAUAGCUUAAGUAGUCUCUCUUACUUUAUAAUUCUAUAUAUACAUAUUUACAGUACUAGUACUCAUAUAUUAUGGCGAAGAACGGAGGAAAUUACGAAUAUGGCCCUCACAAGGUGGCAAUACCUCCGGCGAAGCCCUUCUUGAAAGGACUAAAAUCGACUCUAAAAGAGACAUUCUUUCCGGACGACCCUUUCCGACACAUGAAGAAUGAGCAGUCGGGGUUGAGACGACUGGUGUUGGGUCUUCAGUACUUCGUGCCCAUACUGGAAUGGGCUCCACGCUACACUUUCUCCUUCUUCAAAGCUGACCUCAUUUCAGGCAUCACCAUCGCCAGUCUAGCUGUUCCUCAGGGAAUCAGCUAUGCUAAUUUGGCCAACUUACCUCCUAUUCUCGGCUUAUAUUCGAGCUUCGUUCCGCCGUUGAUAUACGCGAUGUUGGGAACAUCUCGGGACUUGGCAGUGGGGACAGUGGCAGUUGGAUCGCUUCUGAUAGCGUCGAUGUUGGGGAAGGAAGUUAGCCCUACUGAAAGCCCAAAGCUUUACGUUCAGUUGGCUAUCACUGCUACUUUCUUUGCUGGUGUUUUCCAGUCUGCUUUAGGAUUCUUAAGACUUGGGUUUGUGGUGGACUUUCUUUCGCACGCAACCAUAGUGGGAUUCAUGAGUGGAGCAGCCACAGUGGUGUGCCUUCAGCAGUUGAAAGGAGUGCUUGGACUCGUUCAUUUCACUCACGAGACUGAUAUUAUGUCUGUGGUUCACGCCAUCUUUUCUCAAGUACACGAGUGGAGAUGGGAAAGUGGUGUUUUGGGAGUCUGUUUCGUUUUCUUCCUCAUGGUUACAAAAUACCUAAGCAAGAGAAAAAAAGCCUUCUUUUGGAUAAACGCUUUGGCGCCUCUAACAUCUGUGAUUCUAGGGAGUCUUCUUGUCUUCCUAACCCAUGCUGAAAAACAUGGCGUUCAAGUGAUAGGGCACCUGAAAAAAGGGCUGAAUCCACUAACAGUGUCUGAGCUGGCUUUUGGGUCACCACAUCUGACAUUAGCCAUUAAAACAGGAAUUGUCGUCGGCAUUAUUGGUCUUGCGGAAGGAGUAGCAGUAGGAAGAAGCUUUGCUACAUUCAAGAACUAUCAUAUUGAUGGGAACAAAGAAAUGAUCGCCUUUGGGAUGAUGAACAUUGCUGGCUCUUGUACUUCUUGCUACUUAACCGCUGGGCCAUUUUCUAGAAGUGCUGUGAACUUCAACGCAGGAUGUAAAACCGCAGUCUCCAACAUUGUCAUGUCAAUGGCAGUGAUGAUCACACUCUUGUUCUUGACACCACUGUUCCACUACACUCCACUCGUGGUGCUUUCCGCCAUUAUCAUCGUCGCCAUGCUCAGCCUCAUCGACUACGAAUCUGCCAUCCACCUAUGGAAGAUUGACAAGCUUGACUUCGUCGUCUGCAUGGGGGCCUACCUCGGUGUGGUCUUUGCCAGUGUAGAGAUUGGUCUGAUCAUUGCAGUCACAAUUUCCCUUCUGAGAGUUUUUCUGUUUAUUGCUAGACCAAGAACUACUGUUCUUGGCAACAUACCCAACUCCAUGAUCUACAGAAGCACUGAUCAAUAUCCAAUUGCUAACAGUGUUCCUGGAGUUCUCAUUCUUCAUAUUGAUGCACCCAUUUACUUUGCCAAUGCCAACUACUUAAGGGAAAGAAUCUCUCGGUGGAUAUAUGAAGAGGAAGACAAACUAAAAUGUUCGGGGGAAACAAGUUUGCACUAUGUUAUACUGGACCUCAGCUCUGUUGGUAGCAUUGACACGAGUGGGAUUAGCAUGCUUGAGGAGGUCAAGAGAAAUACAGAGAGAAAGGGUCACAAGCUUGUGUUAGCAAACCCGCGAAGCGAGGUGAUCAAAAAGCUCGACAAGUCAAAAUUCAUCGAGGCCGUCGGUCAGGAAUGGAUCUAUCUCACUGUGGGAGAGGCUGUGGCGGCAUGUAACUUCAUGCUGCAUACCUGCAAGCCAAAUGUAGGAACAGAGGAAUCAAAUAGACAAGCUGAUGACAAUGUGUAGGCCAUUAUGCAAGAAAAAUGAUGGAAUUUUUUUUACUAGAGGCAACCUGUUCAACUAUAUAGAAGAUGCCCCAUAUCUGACACACUAAUAGAGUCUACAAAGGCUUUCUCAUUUUCUGAGAUGUGGUAGUCCUAUAAGUUAUGUAGUUACACAAUAAUUAAUUUCAAGGGAGCUGGUUUGCUGGGAAUCUAAAUGAGCUCCCAGUUGCCAUCUUUGUAAUAUGUCCAACUAGAAAUAAAGACUUUCUAUUAAAACAAA